AGAGCUGCUGGCAAAGCCGCGUUUUCCAGGUUUUCCAGCGGACAGUACCUUCAGCUGAACGCUGAAGGCUCCUCCUGGGGAAGCAGCAGCCUGUCAGCAUGGCUCAGGAGUUUGUGAACUGCAAGAUCCACCCCGGGAAGGUGGUCGUGUUCAUCAAGCCCAGCUGCCCCUACUGCAGAAAGACCCAAGAAAUUCUCAGCCAGCUGCCUUUCAAGCAAGGGCUUCUGGAAUUCGUGGAUAUCACAGCUACCAACAACACCACUGAGAUUCAAGAUUAUUUACAACAGCUCACAGGAGCGAGAACCGUCCCUCGGGUCUUCAUUGGUAAAGACUGCAUAGGUGGAUGCAGCGAUCUGGUCGCCAUGCAGCAGAAUGGGGAGCUGAUGACCAGGCUGAAGCAGAUUGGAGCUCUCCAGUAAUCGAGGGGGUGGCAGACCUCAUCUGAGAGCAGCUGUCCAGCCAUGCUGAUGGCUGAUGCCCCCGAGAGCCGACCUACAUCAGAGAGCACAUCAGUAUUUCCUGGUGACUUGGAUUCUGAACAAAAACAGCGUUUAUUUCUCCUUUUCCUCAGUGUUAAAACUGUUGCAAUUUGCCUUUUAACCAUGGGGCCAAGAAGCUUAGUAGACCACACUGGUUUGGUUAUCCAUUCUUCAUGUGCCAGCAUGUCUCUACCUCUAAGCUCAGGCUUUUCAACCAAGUUUAUCUAAAUCUCCAGUGAACCUGUUGCUGGUUUUCUGCUCCUGCUGGUCAGCUGAAAUAAUUUUGAAGACCUCUGCUUUGUAAACUAUUAUCAAAUCAAUGGGACUGUACAUUUGUUUUCCAGUCACACCCAUGCACUUCCCCCCUGCAUGCACGCACCCAUCCCACUUCAGCAGUCACGGCUCUGAGGCAGUUGUGCAAGGAUGCUGUUUGAGAAAUCAGAUGAAGAACAACUGAGCAUAGGUGGUCACUGUGGCCACACCGACAGACAGCCCAGCAGAUGGCUCAUUCAGCUGUCAGUAAAGACUGCUGCCCAGAAAAUCCCAAGCAGCUGUGCUAUGCUGUGUGUUGAUCCCAGCUGGACUACAAAAUUAAAUAUGAAAUGCAGAAUUGCAGAACCCUCCUUCCAAGAAUGCCUGUGAGAAGUCGUUUUCAAAACACUGUCCCAAAUAAUUUCUUCCAUUCAUACUUUGACAUUUUGCUUUGAUGUCUUGAUAUGAUGUUCAGUUGUGGUGGGGCUGCAGGUCCCUUCUCUGGUCUUCAGUGAGAAGGGCUCAUUCCUAAUAAAGAUGUAUCUGUAGAUGACAAA